UUAACUUUUAUUAUCCAAUUUAUGGCCAACGCAUUAAAAAUAUCACCAUUUCUCAAAAUCCUCACCUUUUCAUCACUCUGCAGAACCCUACAUUCCGCCAUAUCCACAUCUCCAAAACCCUCAAUUACCUCCAUGGAAGUAGAAGUCAAGCUACGUUUACCAAACGCUGUCACUCACCAACGUGUCUCCUCAAUUCUCUCACCUUACCACCUCAAAACUCACGCCCAAGAGAACAUCUUCUUUGACGGAGCCAACUCCGAACUCUCCUCCAAACUCGCCGUUCUCCGCCUCCGAUUCUACGAUCUCGACACCCAAUGCAUUAUCUCCCUCAAGGCUAAACCCGUAAUUUCAAACGGUAUCAGUCGCAUUGAAGAAGAUGAAGAACCUAUUGACCCUUCUAUAGGCCGGGCGUGUGUUUCGGAGCCGUGGCGGUUACCGUUGAUUGAUUCUUCGAGGAUAAUGCGGAGGGUGAAAGAAGAGUAUGGAAUUGGGGAAAAGGGUUUGGUUUGUUUGGGCGGGUUUAGGAAUGUGAGAGCGGUGUAUGAGUGGAGCGGGUUGAAAUUGGAGCUAGAUGAAACACAUUAUGAUUUUGGAAUGAAUUAUGAGAUUGAAUGUGAGAGUAGUGAUCCUGAAAAAGCUAAGGAUUUGCUUGAGGAGUUUUUGAAGAUUCAUGGUAUUGAAUAUUCCUACUCCAAUGUUUCUAAAUUUGCCAUUUUUCGCUCUAGAAAAUUGCCUCAGUAAGUAAUAGUAGUAGUAACAAUGUUGUCGCAGAUUAUACAUUCCUUUUCAACAUAAAUUUUUUCCUAAUUGAUUAUGAGUGUGGCAACUACUAUCACUAUACUAGUGAUGUUUCCAAAAUUGGUUGUACUGAUUAUAUGGUAUUAGCCUCAAAUUAAAAUGGCAAUGUGGAAUGAAGAUGAAUAGUGAGGAUAGAAGAUGAUGUUUACACGACAAUCGUCAUUAAGAAAGAGUCUUUGGAUAACCGGAGUAUCUAAGGCAGCUACUUGAACCUUUUGUUGAAGAUCCAUUGUGUGUCAUUAUUAUCACCAGAGAGAGUUAUUUUCUGGGAGGACUAAAUUUGAAGUUCAAUCCUAGGUCCAUAAACCUGUUAUAGACCCCCUGGAUUUAAAGGUAUUUACUAACUCCCAUGUUGCAGACAAGGUGGAUUGUUUGAGUCAAGUUUAGGUUUUUACUCAAUUGGAAGCCCUGCCGAGGCAAGUUAGGGGCUUCAUAAAUGUCCAUAGAUUGAACUUCCCUUU